GUCACUCCAGACGUUCUGUGCGGACGUCAAAGAACAAAUUCAAAUCUUGCUUUGGAUGUGCUGAUAUUUAGCUGACCCCCACAUGAAGGAUGCAAUGCCAGAUAUUUCUUCCCAGGAAUUCCUGGCUGCACAGUGGGCUGAGACCUGGCCAUGUGCACCUUCAGCCACAUGCACCUUCAACCCUGCUCUGUCCUUGCUUAGGAAAUUUGCCGCAAAACUUUUGUGCAUAGAAAAAAAAAAGCUUAGUGUGUGCCUGUAUGUAAAAAGCAUUUUAAAGGCUAUUGAAACAUCCUGUUCUGAGCAAGGAAGGCAGCCCAGAGAAACCAGCGGCUCCAUUGCCACCGACAGCUGCAGUUUCGACAACCUUGUGCAAUUAAGGUGGAAGGGAGUGUUUCUAAUUACCACCCAGAAAAUGCACCUUAAAAUUGCACGGUGUCUCUUUUGUACAUAAAUAUUGGGUCAAAGUUAAAACCCCUCACUCAGUCAAAAUAAUAUUUGAAUAUAAAUAUAAAGGAAUAUUUCUCCUAAGGCAGAAUAAAUAGUCAUGUGGUUGUCAGGCUUUUUCAUCUUUUUUAAUUUUCACUUUUUUCUAAAUACUCCUUAGAGAGACUUCCUACCAGAUCACUGCAAAAGUUCGCAAAAACCUUAUUUUCCCUUGUACAGAGAGGUGUCACAGAAAACAGGGGAUUCCUACACUUCUCCGCCUUCUUCCCGCAGCCAUCACCCGUGUGCACGUGUGUUCCUACCGUGUCCUGCCGAUGGGACAUGCUCAGCCUGUGUCACUGCCAUUUCCAUGCGCAGCUACUCCUGGCGGCCUGCCUGCAGGAGAUGGCACACUGCAGAAAACCUUCCUGAACAUUUGAACUUUCAAACUCCUGCUCAGAGUGCAUCUGUGAUGAAGAAAUCUGUGAUUUCCACCUGGAAAGGAGCUACUCACUCCACAGAUGAACGCGAGCAAGCAGGCCGGAGGAGGUCAUCCUCCCCCUCUACUCUGCCCUGGGGAGGCCGCAUCUGGAGCACUGUGUCCAGUUCUGGGCUCCCUGGUUCAAGAAGGACAGGGAACUGCUGGAGAGGGGACGCAAAGGGCUACCAAGAUGAUGAGGGGACUGGAACAGCUCUCUUAUGAAGAAAGGCUGAGGGACUUGGGUCUCUUCAGUCUGGAAAAAAGAUGACCGAGGGGGGAUCUUACCAAUGCUUAUAAAUACUUAAAGGGUGGAGGUCAAGAGGAUGGGGCCAGGCUCUUUUCAGUGGUGCCCAGUGACAGGACAAGAGGCAAUGGGCACAAACUUGAACAUAGGAAGUUCCACCUAAACAUGAGGAGGAACUUCUUUACUGUGAGGGUGGCAGAGCACUGGAACAGGCUGCCCAGAUUCUAUAAUCAUAGAAUCAUAGAAUUGUCUUGGUUGGAAACAACCUUUCAGAUCAUCGAGUCCAACCAUCAACCUAACACUGACAAAGACCACCACUAAACCAUGUCCCUCAGCACCACGUCUACCAACUUAAUUCUUUAAUGCAUGUAUGAGAUUUUCUGAGAAUCAUGUCUGUUUAACGGGAGCUUCACAAAAUAGCUAAAGAAAAGUCUCUGUCUUUCCUCUAGUUUUAUUGCAGAGUCUAAGACCAGCCUGCUCUCCUGCCUGCUUCCAGCAGCGAAACGCUAAGGCGCUUGCUUUGAAUAUCUGUGCAGCUCCUUCGGUAAGUCAGUGAUAAAUUUUCUUUUGCUGUUUCCUAGGUUUAUUUUCAUUAUUAUUGUGGGUUUAAUUCAGUCAGCUUUAAACAGACAAAUUCUUAGCCCUAUCUUCUGCGUUAGCCUUGUGCCUAGAACCCAGAGAAAUAUGGAGUAUUUUCAUACCAUUGCAUGUUAGACAAAAUAUAACAUUUCCCCUCCUUUAAGUCAAGCUAGUGAUCCACACAUCAGUGCUCCGUUGCUCCUAUCAACACUAAUUCCUACCCUCUUAAUCUCUGCUCCCCAGAAAAAUAAGAUUGGAUAUCUUCUGAAGAACGGGAAGUACUGAAGAAUUGCCAGUAGUCCUCCAAAGACAGAGGUUCUGCAUUCACUUCUCAAGACUUUUAGGUUUAUGGCUCUGUUUCAUACUGCAUCUUUCCUUGCAAAGUACAGUAAACUAAUACUUUGCAGUUUCUUUACAAACGGCACUACUUUUUCUAAUUUUUUUCUAUUUUUUUUCUGAUUGUGGACUUGACCAAAGAAUAUUAUCGUCAAUCCAUUAUUCCUCUCUAUGACCUAAAUUAAUUAACAGAAAAUGGCUCUAAAUAUACCAGGUUUAGUAUCUUUGAGUGUGUUUUUUAUGUUAACUUUAGCUACUGGAAUUUGGGCUUCUUGGAAAAGCAAAAAGGACCAGCAGAACAGAAACUCAGCUGAAAUGGCCAUGGUUGGAGGCAGGAAUAUAAAUGUUUUCAUUGGAUUGUUCACUGCAACAGCCACCUGGGUCGGAGGAGCGUAUAUCAAUGGCACAGCUGAAAUUGUCUACCUGCCUUCAAAAGGACUGCUGUGGGUCCAGGCGCCUGUGGGAUUUGCUUUGUCCCUUCUUAUUGGUGGUUUCUUCUUCGUAAAUCCAAUGAGAUCCAAGAAUUAUGUGACAGUGAUGGAUCCCCUUCAAGAAAUUUAUGGGAAUGUGAUGGGAAGCUUACUCUUCAUUCCACCACUGCUAGGAGAGGUGUUCUGGUUUGCAGCUAUCCUGGCGUCCCUGGGAGCAACAAUGAGGGUCAUCUUGGAUAUUGGAGGCUUUUUGGCUAUCGUCAUCUCAGCAUGCACUGUCAUACUCUACACUCUACUGGGAGGCCUCUACUCUGUUGCGUACACAGAUGUCAUCCAGCUGGUUUUCAUUACGCUCAGCCUGUGGAUCUGCAUCCCUUUUGCCCUGAUGAACUCUGCAACGGAAAGUAUUUAUUACACUGCAACUCAUGAAUCUUACCAAGACCCUUGGAUUGGGAAGAUAGAAAAACAGUACCUUGGAAGGUGGCUGGAUGACUUCUUCUUCCUGGUGCUUGGGAGCAUCCCGUGGCAAACUUACUUCCAAAGAGUGCUCUCCGCUGCCUCACCAGGACAGGCAAGGCUAAUCUCCUACCUCUCCGGACUGGGGUGCUUUUUCAUGGCCAUCCCCUCUGUGCUCAUUGGUGCAGUUGCAGCAUCAACAGACUGGAACCAGACAAGCUAUGGUCUUCCAAGUCCACUUGAGAGAGGGGAAUCGGCAAUGAUACUGCCACUUGUUCUGCACUAUCUCUGCCCAGCAUACAUCUCCGUUGCUGGUUUGGGAGCCGUCGCUGCUGCCGCAAUGUCUUCUGCAGACUCAGCUCUACUCUCCGCCGGGUCCAUGUUCGCUCACAAUAUCUACAGGAAAACCCUGAGGAAAAAGGCUACGGAGGUGGAAGUCUUAUGGGCCAUGAGGACCUCCAUGCUGGUGUUUGGGGCUGCGGCUGCCGGUCUGGCUUUUUACUCCAGCUCUGUCUAUGACCUCUGGUUCCUCAGCGGGGAACUGGUGUACGCUCUGCUCUUCCCCCAGCUCUGCUGCGCCCUCUUCGCUCCCAGCACCAACGCCUAUGGCUCGGCUGCCGGCUUCUUGGUUGGGCUCAUCCUGAGGCUGCUGGCAGGAGAACCUGCCCUCAGCAUCCCCCCUGCCAUCUGCUACCCAGCCUGCUCCCUGGUGAACGGGACCUACAGCCAGCUCUUCCCCUUUAAAACAUUCACCGUGCUUGUCACCUUGGGGACAAUCCUUGCUGUUUCGUAUGUGGCUGUGGUUUUGUUUCGAAGGAACAUCCUUCCCCGCAGGUGGGAUGUCUGCAAUAUCACGGGAGGGGCCAGCACCCUCAUUCCCCUACGGCAGAUGAAGAAGCAGAUGGGUUCGCCAAUGGUUGCACUAGAAGAGAAUCGCGAUUAAAUGUGGGGCCUCUUUGAAAGGUCAUGGUGCAUUCAACAAUUAGAGCCUGGCACAAAUAGCAUUGCUCUUCCCUUUGCUUUCUCCAGUAAUGAAUUAUUUAAAGUCCUCACAGAGUAAUAAAGACGCACUCUGUUCAUCCAAGGA